AUGCCAUACAAACGUAAGAAGUAUCACAGAGGUGAUACUAGUCACACAGAGUCCCAAAUAAGAAGGGAGGGUAUCGAUGAGGACUUGAAGGAGGAAAACGCGAAGAAAUUAUUGAAUCAGAAAGUGGAUUUUGAUAAGCCGGGAGCAGCACAGCAUUAUUGCAUCCACUGCGCGAGGUAUUUUAUAAACGAUAUUGCUUUGCAUAUUCACUUCAACACUAAAGCACACAAACGACGAUUGAAAGCACUCGAGUUGGAACCAUACAGUAUUGAAGAUUCUGAAAAAGCGGCAGGCAAAGGAAGCUACAUUACACCACAAAAACGUAAAAUCGAAACUGUGACUCGGAAGGACUUUAAUAAAAAGAAUAUGGAUUCUGAGCCUGAUGUGAAAAUGAUGAAAAUAAAUGAAUAG